AUGGCCUGCUGCGCUACCAGCUUCUGUGGGUUCCCCACUUGCUCCACUGGUGGGACCUGUGGCUCCAGCUGCUGCCAGCCAAGCUGCUGCCAGCCUAGCUGCUCCCAGAAUAGCUGCUGCCAACCCAGCUGCUCCCAGUCCAGCUGCUGUCAACCCAGCUGUUGUCAGACCACUUGCUGUGAGCCCAGCUGCUGCCAGCCAAGCUGUUGUCAGCCCAGCUGCUGUGAUACUGGAAGUGGCCAAGAGGGUGGCUGCGGAGCCGUGAGCUGCCGAGUCAGGUGGUGUCGCCCAGACUGCCGCGUCGAGGGCACCUGCCUGCCCCCCUGCUGUGUGGUGAGCAGCACACCCCCCACCUGCUGCCAGCUGCACCAUGCCCAGGCCUCCUGCUGCCGCCCAUCCUACUGUGGACAGUCCUGCUGCCGCCCAGCCUGCUGCUGCCACUGCUGCCCGCCCACCUGCCCUGAGCCCAGCUGCUGUGAGCCCACCUGCUAA